GAUUUUGGAAAAUGCAGCAGAGAUUGAAGCAGCAGCAGCAAGCUCUGGUGCACCACGCAUUGCUACAGCAACAGCAGCUCUAUCACCCAGGUGUACUCGCCGGCGCUAUGUCGCAGAUGGAGCCGGUUCCAAGUGGAAAUCUGCCUCCUGGGUUUGAUUCAUCUUCAUGCCGCAGUGUGUAUGUAGGAAAUAUCCAUGUCAAUGUCACCGAGAGCCUUCUUGCUGAGGUUUUCGGUAAUACAGGCCCACUUGAAGGAUGCAAGCUCAUUAAAAAAGAGAAGUCAUCUUUUGGCUUUGUGGACUACCAUGAUCAUAGGUCUGCAGCUUAUGCGAUAAUGACAUUGCAUGGACGGCAACUUUACGGUCAGGCAAUUAAGGUAAAUUGGGCAUAUGCUGGUGGGCAGAGAGAGGAUACUUCAGGGCACUUCAAUAUUUUUGUUGGUGAUCUGAGUCCGGAUGUUACCGAUGCAACUCUUUUUGCAUGUUUCUGUGUGUAUCCUAGUUGUUCAGAUGCAAGGGUUAUGUGGGAUCAUAAGACUGCGCAGUCAAGAGGAUUUGGCUUCGUUUCCUUCCGCAAUCAGCAGGAUGCACAAAGUGCUAUAAAUGACAUGACUGGUAAAUGGUUAGGGAAUAGGCAAAUAAGGUGCAAUUGGGCAACUAAAGGAGCUGGUCUCAGUGAAGAGAAGCAGAAUAAUGAGAAUCAAAAUGCUGUUGUACUUACAAAUGGAUCUUCAGAUGGAGGUAUGGAGAACAUCAAUGAGGAGGCACCAGAAAACAAUCCAGCAUACACUACUGUCUAUGUCGGCAACCUUGCUCAUGAGGUGACUCAAGCUGAACUUCAUUGUCAAUUUCAUGUUCUUGGAGCUGGUGUUAUUGAGGAAGUGCGAGUACAGAGGGAUAAAGGGUUUGGAUUUGUAAGGUAUCAUACUCAUGAGGAAGCAGCUUUGGCCAUUCAGAUGGCCAAUGGGAAGAUGGCCUGUGGAAAGUCUAUGAAGUGCUCAUGGGGUAGCAAGCCAACUCCUCCGGGGACCGUGUCAAACCCACUGCCGCCACCAGUACCUUCUUUCCAGAUCCUCGCAACUCCUGGAAUGAACCAUGGCUACUCAGCAGCAGAUUUGUUAGCUUAUCAGCGUCAAUUUGCCUUGAGCCAGGCUGCCGGGUCUGGCCUGUCGGGCCAGGCUCUUGUGCAGAUGGCUGGUCAGCAAGGUCUUGCUGCAGCGCAGGCUUCCAUGGGUCUGGGUUCUGGUGGAUCACAGGCCAUGUAUGAUAGGUAUCCAAACAGCUCAUCAGGCCAGCAGCUCAUGUAUUACCACUGACAUUACGAUGAGGCAGGUGCAAGUGUCCAU